CGCGAAAUGGUUCAUAGCCUUAAGCAGCCCUUACACGUGACAAUAUUAUUGUCAAUCCAAAGUAUUGUCAAUACCGUCAAUCCAAUUGACUUGGUAACUUGAGUCCGCAUUUUUCGAACAAAUCAAGCGUUUGAAGCUUCAAAUAUUGCAACUGAACAUUGAAACAUUGAGAGAAGAGUCCAUUGUACAUAUUUGACAGUUUCCUCUCUGGAGAAAAAGUAUUGUCGGAUUGAUGAGCAGUUUUGAUUUUUUGACAAUAUUUUCGUCAAUCCAAUGAAGUUUCCAUUACACGAUCAAAAGUAUUGUCAAUACUCCUUGUAUUGACAAUAAUAUUGUCUCGUGUAAGGGCUGCUUUAGAAAGUCUGGCGAAGAGAGAUAAUCUGACUUUUAGCAGAUAAAUCUCUCAACCUGGCAACGCUGGUACCAACCUUCAAAUUUUCUACACAAAUUCUAAAAUCAAAACUGUUUACUUGUUUAUCAACGACCUGUAGGCUUUGUCUAUAAAUCUUCUUGUUUGUCGCUUACGAAAUAUAUAUUUCAUAUGAAAUAGUAGUUCUAGUUUAAGUAGUCUGCAAAAAAUGGACAAAUCUACAGAAAAUGAAAAUAGUCCAAAUGCAAAACAGAAUAAAAACGGUAAUGGUAAGGAACGGUCCAAAUUUUCUGAUCCUCCGCCACAACAGGCACCACAAAAACCUGUCCCCAAGCGUAAACGGAAUAAACGUGCCAAGGAUGCGAACGCUCCUAAACAUCCCUUGACAGGGUACGUUCGUUACGUUAACGAAAAUCGAGAUUUGUUCCGGUUUAAAAAUCCGACAUUAACAUCUGUUGAAAUAACAAAAUUACUGGCAGAAGAAUGGGGUACACUAACGGAAGAAGUAAAACGGCCGUUUCUGGAAGCUGCUGAAGCCGACAGAGAACGUUAUCACCGAGAGGUUUCGGAGUACAAGCAACAGAAUAACAAUGAAUCUGUCACCAACAACAGCAAAAAAUUGAAACUCAAUGAUGACGAUUCUGAUACGACCGGUGCCUAUCUAAAUGGAAAAGACGACAAGCGGGAAAUUCGAGUGGGAGAUUAUGAAAUACCGAUUUUUACUGAUGAUUUUUUGGAACAUAACAAAGUCAUUGAUUCUGAACUUAGGAUGCUUCGGAAAUCCAAUAUAGACUAUGAACAGCAGAAUUCGGUACUCGAAAAGCAUGUUGAGAAUAUGGACAAUGGAAUACAGAAACUGGAGAACGAAACAAAUAGUCUAAAGAAUCGAAAUUUGAUACUGAAAAAUCAUCUUGAUAAAUUAAGAUCGGUGCUGGCGUCAGCACUAGCUGCGCUACCGAUUGGAAAUGAAAAGAAGGGGGCCACUGUUGACAACAUCGACAAGUACAUGUCUGAAUUGCACCAGAUGGCCAAAUCGAGUACUCAUGGUCACACACUGAAUAAAGCAAAGGACAUAAUUCGUAAGCUGGAUUUACAAAACCUGGCAGCGUAAACUGAUUUUGAGUCUAAUGAGGUGCAUGUAGGUUUUAAAAUUUUCUCGAUCGUAUUUUAGUUUUUUUUGUCCUGAAUAAACAAUCAUGUGUUCGAAGAAUUGAA